ACACAACUAGUCAUACCAGGUGGCAUGAAACGUCCUGUUCAUAAACGUAUUCAUAAGGAAUGCUUUUGGCACACCUUGAUAAGUUACUUUGGCCUAAACAUCGAUUGCCUCUGGUAAAAACCUAAAUGGCAGCUCAGAAAAGGAAGUCUACGUUAGUGGAGCCUUCUGCUAAGCGUCCAAAGCUGGAUAAGAACAGCAAGCCAUCAUCAGCAAAGAAGGAAAAAGAGGUGUCAGAUACAAAACAUGUCUCAAAUAAAUCAAAAUCAAAUCAAUGCACAGUGCAGAAAGCAGUACUGAAGACCUCUAUCAAAUCAAACAGUGACAAUUCAAGUGAACCUGAAUUAGGAACACGCAUGACUACAAGGUCAUCAGGAUUCAAGUCAAAUAAUAAAACAGCAGCCGACAAAAAGAUCCAACAGCAGCCUAAAUCUGCAAAAAAUAAGGAGGUAUGCCAGAAGAAAUCAGUGCAAGAAAUUCCUAAGUCAAAAUGCAUAAUUGCGCCAAGUGAGCCAGUAACGAGGAGAUCACAGAGACUGCAGCAGUUAACACAUGUACCAGCAAGAUCCCUGCGUAACAGAGAAGUUAAAGAAGAAAAAGCUUUGGUAGUUAAACAAAGCAGCCAGGCGAAAAGACAUGUUCACAGUAUCGGAGCAAAAGUACCUAAACCUGCUAAAGAGAAAACAGAACAGAAAAACAUGAAAAUAAAGCCAAGCGGUAAAAAUGAAGAUAAAGAAAUAAGUGUAGAAGUGACCAGCUCUCUGAAAGAGAAAAGGUGUAAAGCAGACAAUAAAAAUGAUGAUUCCAGCAGCUUUCAACAUAACCUUCAAGGGACACCGUUUCUUGAUCACGGUCUUGGGGAAGUUAAGAAAGAACAAACGUAUCUUGUAUCUCCAAUUUCUAGCCAUGUGAAGAAAGUGGAAACAGGUUCUCUUAAGCCAAAUUCUAAGACAGUAGAUAAAGAAAAACAGCAAGUGCAUCAGAAUAUAAAAAACAGUAUAAAAACAAAAAGGGUUUCGCAGCCAUCUGAAAGUGAAACGGAUCUAGCUGAUCAACCAGAGAAUGAUGUGAAAUCCAAAAGGGUAAGCAUUCUUGAACUUUGCGAAGAAAUUGCAGGUGAGAUUGAAUCAGAUACAGUAGAGGUGAAAAAAGAUUCCCCUAAUGCUGAGUAUCGAAAAACAGAAGAAAAGCGUGGAGAAGUACAGCUGCAACAAAAUGAAGUGCUUCCUCAGAAAGAACCUAGUCAGAGUACUCAAUGCAAACGUUUUUUCCCUAGCAAAAAAGGAAUGCCUGUCAAAUGUACUCUGAAUGGUAGAAAUAGCUCCUCAAACAAAAACUCUAAAUGGACCAAAAUUAAAUUAAUGAAAGCUAAUAACGUGAAACAAAGUAACUUAAAUUCUACAAAUGUCCCCAAGCUUUCUUUGUUAAAAGAUUGUUUUAAAGUUUCAGACGUGAGUCAAAUAGCUACAGAAGCACAACUUUCCAACACACAAGGCAAGCUGUCAGUAAUAAGACUGUCUGAGAACGAAAGCGUAACUUGUGUGCAGGAGAAAUUGGACACUUCAUCUGAAAGAGCUGGAGCUAAAGAAGUGACAUUAGAAAUAAAAGAACCCUCAAAGAGAGGUGUAGAAAAUGGUUUGUUGCGUAAUUUGACAAAACAUUUGUCUGAGCCGACGCCAGAUGAGAACUUUAGCUUACAUUUGGAAUCAAGUCCAGAAAGCUCUCCAGUGAAGUAUCUUACAGCUCCUAAACCACCGAAACAAUUAAAAAAAGAAUCUGGAGAAAGUGAACAUCAAGGUUUGGCUCCCAAACAGUUAACGCACCCUUUACUUACAAAUCAAACUUCUGAGACUGAGAACAGGGUUCCUUUGUCAAAUCCUUCAUUAGCAUCAAAGUGCAGUAACUCCCUACCGUCCGAGGAGCAUAUUCAAAAGCUAAAAGAAGCAGGAAAAGAUGGUGAUAAGCAGCUGAUCAUAGAUGCAGGGCAGAAGAGAUUUGGUGCUAUUUCCUGUAAUAUUUGUGGAAUGCUUUAUACUGCGUCAAAUCCAGAGGAUGAAACCCAACACCUGCUCUUUCAUAACCAAUUCAUAAGUGCUGUAAAAUACGUGGGGUGGAAAAAGGAGAGAAUUUUGGCUGAAUACCCUGAUGGGAAGAUAAUAAUGGUUCUUCCUGAUGACCCAAAGUAUGCACUUAAAAAGGUUGAAGAGAUUAGAGAGAUGGUAGACAAUGACUUGGGAUUUCAGCAAGCUCCACUUAUGUGUUACUCUAGAACUAAAACUCUUCUUUUUAUUUCUAAUGACAAGAAAGUUAUUGGUUGUUUAAUUGCAGAACACAUCCAGUGGGGCUACCGAGUUAUAGAAGAGAAGGUUCCAGAAGUUAGUUCAGAAAACGAAAAAGUAAUUUUUGAAAGGCAGAAAGCAUGGUGCUGUUCAACUUCUCCAGAACCUGCUAUUUGUGGGAUUAGUCGAAUAUGGGUGUUCAGCAUGAUGCGGCGAAAGAAAAUUGCUUCUCGGAUGAUAGAGUGUCUUAGGAGCAACUUCAUAUAUGGCUCAUACUUAAGUAAAGAAGAAAUUGCUUUCUCUGACCCUACUCCUGAUGGAAAACUCUUUGCAACGCAGUACUGUGGCACCGGCCAAUUCCUAGUAUAUAACUUCCUCAACGGACAGCAUCACGCCUAAAAUGGAAUUCCUUCAGGAGCAGUUACUGGAGACUUCUGCCAAAACGUACUGAAUUGGUACAGACCUUAAGCAGAAGCCAGGGCCAUUUUUGUUACAGUGAACUCAGGACUGGUAACAACCAAAAGGUUGUACUAUUUUAUUAAAAUUGUAAACAAUGCAGUAAUAGGCUAACUUUGUUUUUUUUAAAAAAAAAGAUAUUUUAUUAACUUUUACAAAAGUUUGAUUGUAUUUUAUCUAGUUAGUCAUGUUUACAUGCAGCAGAAAAUUGUUCAUAGUGGACUGUAAACUAAUGCAAAGACUGUAGUCUCGCUGAUGAGUACAUGCUGAAGUUCUUAAUGUGGUGAUAUACCAGUGCUUCUUGGUACUGUAAAUUAUUUGGUCUCCUACCACCAGUUCUAGAAGCAGGGUAAGGCAGUUAAAAGAUUGCUUGUUUGACAGAAUUCAAGACUAUACUCAAUUACAUCAAUGCAAGAAACAUUACAGUGCAGUAGUUAUGGUAAUAAUCUUCACAGAUUCUGUGGUUGCUUCUAGUAUGCAUUAUAUGCAUUACUAGGGUGCAAGAGUAACUUGGGUGCCAGCAACAUAG